UAUCUGACCCCUGACCUAGACUCAGCCAUCCAACACUGUGAAGACGUGUUCGGUCUGUAAACACCGGUAAAUACCGGCAUCAAAAUGUCAUCAAAGGCUACUAGAAAGCGAAAAACAGAAAAGUGUAAACACCACCAGAGUUCUCCUGAACAAGAUUCAAAUGAAAACCGAGGUGAACAUGUUCAAGAAGAAACAAAUCAAGGAAUAAAGAUACCAUGGAAUCGUAUGCUAAUGAGGUUUAUUUUGAUUGGUGGACUGAUAUUUGUUAUGCAUAUAUUUUCAAAUUCUGAUGACCUUGUUGCAUUUGCAAAGAGGGAUGAGACAGUUCCAAAGCGAAGGCAUUCUCUUCCAUGUUCCAAGGAUUACGCUGAUGAUUUAAAAAAGUUCAAAGAUUGUGCACCAAAGCACUGUGGAAGAGUUGUCAUGGAUGGGCUCAUCAAAGAAAAUGAAGCAGAAAGAUUACUGAAGGUUGCUAAGCAAGGCCUUGCACUUGGAGGUUCAAAUGGUGGGGCAUCCAUUCUUGAUCUUCACUCUGGAGCUUUAUCAAAGGGAAAUGCUUUUGUUGAUAUCUACCAAUUGAUUGAAAGUGGAAGUUUAGAUAUAUUCACAAAGGAAGACUUUGAUUUAUAUAAAAAAGUAGCAAGUAAAGUUCAGCUCGCAAUUGCUGGUGAGUUCUCAAUACCUGCUAAUAGUCUUCACCUGACUAAACCAACAUUUUUCUCCCGGAUGAACACGAAACCAGCGAAAACUAUACACGACGAGUAUUGGCAUCCACAUGUAGACAAGGAAACAUACAAAACCUUUGACUACACAUCUCUGGUGUACCUCAGUAAUUAUGGCAAUGAUUUUGAAGGAGGCCGUUUUGUAUUUAUUGAUAAGAAAUCAAAUUCAACCAUUGAACCGAAGUUAGGACGUUUAUCCUUUUUCACAUCUGGAUCAGAAAACCAACAUUACGUUGAGAAAGUUAGCAAAGGCACACGUUAUGCGAUGACGAUUUCAUUCACUUGCGAUAAAAAGGAACGAAUUGAUUACCCAAAACUAAGGAAAAAGCAAUAACCACUUAAAAAUAUAAUUAAGGAACACAGUAAUAUCCAGUACUAUAGUCAUUUAUUAUAAUUUCCAACACAUAAAUAAUAAUUUAAAUAUUUACGUACAAAACACAUCACGAUGGUAACUUAAGAAUCUUCUAGGUAUUCCAUUUUUAAGGUUAUUUCUUUCAUUAUAAAGUGAAUGUUAAUACUGUAUUUUAAUAUUUAAGAUUACUCAUGUCAUAGAGCGUUAAAAAAAUAUAUAUUGGUUGCCUAAUAAACUGGGAUUUUUAUUAAUAUGUUAUUUGGACUGAAAUAGCACUUAAUAUGUACAGAUAAUACCACAGAUAAAAAGUAGCAUUGUUCCAAUUGUGAACAAAUAUUCUUUUUUCUUUUAAGUUACAUAUUUUAUACCCCUGGAUCCAUCUUUUUCCUUUUUUUUUUUUGCUUCUAUCCACACACUUGUCUUUUGUUAUGGUAAUUCUUAAAUGUUAAUAUUAGUAACCGAUAUAUACCAGCAUAGACGGCCACUUUUACUGCGACGGCUUAAAAAAGGUUCAUUUACAACACGCGUCAUGUUAAAAACUUUUAUACCCUGCUGGAAGAUGGACGGUUCUGAGUGCCCACAACGCAUGCAUGUGGCACUGCAAAUACAAUACUCGAGAUUCGGUUUCCCGACAAAGUUGGUAUUAGUCAACAAAAUACAGCAGGCCUAGGCCUAUCUGUCGAUUCUGAGGACCUAGAUUAGAAUUUAUACUAGACUAAGGUGAGAGAUGAAGAUGUAUCUGCAUAGCCUAAAAACGUUAUGCGAGUAACUGUGGCCGUGCACAAUCUUAUGUCUAUAUUUUGUGAAAGCAAAUUCAACACUUUUCCUUUGAAGAUAAAAUUCCAACAUUUAAACAACUUUAAAUUAAAUUUAAAUUUUCUACAAUUUUUUCUUAUGUUUGGGAGGGGGUGUGGCCCACCCAUCGGCUCAGCGCCAUGCCCACUGGCUUCGUUUUUCUGGCUAAACCCCAGUAUACCAGUAUUUAGGUUUUUUUUUCUUAUUUCAUUUGUAUUAUUAAGUUUGUACUGUUUAAUAUAAUUUGUGUGAGGUAAAAAAAAAUAAUAAAACAAAACAAACAAACAUUAGUUUUCAAAGUUUUGUCUAUAAUUACCCUGAAUCCUCGAAUAAUGUGAUUUUUUUUUUCACUAAGUGCCGCUCUUGAUUAUUAUAUUUUGAAUAAGCACCGAUGCACUUAUUCAAGAGUACAUACUACAUUGUGUGUAGUAAAACAGAGAGAAACAGGGUGUUCAAAUUAAUAAAUAACAAAAUGAAGACAGGCACAUGUAACCUUUAUUUACGAUGAUGUAGGGUCUAUUAUAUGCCUACCAAACUACAGAAAUAUGCAAGAUAUGUAACAUGGCAACUGGCAUGGAAAGCAUCAUGCCAAUAU